CAAUCACCCAUGCUAACCAAAACAAUAGAACAAUAAGCUUUUGUCUCCCAAAUAUGUCUCACGAAAUCGUCCCCGUGGAUCCCUCCGAUGUUUUUGUUGAUAUGGAUCCCAUAUUCCCGGAAGAUUCCCCGACCAGCCGCCAGUUCACGAGAUCCCUCACUUUUCAUGAACAAUAUGUUUGGGAGCCCUAUCACAGCGAGAAGCUUCCGGAGACGUUAGCCUCAGGGAUUCAAAGGUUUCUUCGUGUAGCAAACUUGGUUGAGUCUGAAGAACCUCGUAUUGCUUAUCUUUGCCGGUUUUAUACUUUUGAGGAAGCUCAUCGCAUUGACAGUAGUUCCACCGGAAGAGGUGUACGGCAGUUCAAAAACUCUCUUCUUCAAGGGCUUGAGAAGGAUGAUGAGUUUACUGUGAGAAGAAGAAAGGAGAUAAAUGAUAUUAAGGAAAUCAAACGUGUUUACCAUGCUUACAAGGAAUACAUUAUCACACAUGGUGCAGCAUUCAAUUUGGAUGAUAGUCAGCGAGAGAAGAUGAUAAACGCACGCAGAAUUGCUUCUGUUUUGUAUGAAAUUCUAAAGACAAUCGACAUAAGUGGCACUUAUGCCUCAUCCCAAUUAAAGUGGGACGAGGAGACUGGUGAACCCCUUGACACGGUCACCUCCAUAGAGGAAAUCCACGAAAGAUCUGAGUUGCUAGUUGAGAAGUGCAAAGCAGUGGAGGAGGAGGAGAGACAAACUCAUAUGUCUCAAGCCGUAGGCGAUGACUCCGUCCAGUCAAACCAUCCCACCCAAACUGAAAUAGAUGCCAUCUACAAAGAGGAAGUUCAAACAAAGGAAGACAGAACGUUAGCAAUUGGGUCAAUGGAGGACGAUGUCAGAGCGAGUUCAGCAGUUCCAUCAAUGUUAUACGAAAAUAAGGAUCUUGAGACCCAAGAGAAGCUGAACAAGGUGGAGAAGAAGAUUGAGGAGAUGGAGCUGAAACUCAAGGAUGUUGACUUCUGGACUAAAAUGAUGGAAACCAUGUUUUCAGACCAAAUACCUCCGUCCAUGAGAGCCAACCAAACCGAAAAAAACAAACAACAAUAAACUAUGCCUUUAUAUAUUUUGUUGUUUUCUAACUUGUGAGUUUAAUUCCCCCCUCCCCCUAUGUUUUCUAUUAUUUAAUUUAAGAAUUUAAAUUUUGUUUACGAAAAUUGCUGUGAGAUUUUUAGUUGA